GCCCCAUCCCCGGUCUUCGGGUAAUGUGAUGCUACCCGAUUGCCACCCGGGACCCUGAGGCACCAAGAAGGCCCGGGCCGCGCCAGAGGCCACCGGCUGGGGCUGAGUUUCUCGUGGUCUGCCCGUCCUCCCAGGUGACUGGGAGAUAGCAUUUCCCCGGAGCUGCAGCCCGCCCCCCUCCGCGGGGGAAUGGGCACAACCACGCCAGAUGGACGAGAAGAUCAAGAAAGCUGAGGAGGUAGCCCAGAGACUCAGCCGAGCAGUGGCUGGUGGGGAUGAACAGGUGGCUAUGCAGUGUGCCAUCUGGCUGGCAGAGCAACGGGUGCCCCUGAAUGUGCAACUGAAGCCUGAGGUCUCUCCGACACAGGACAUCAGGCUGUGGGUGAGUGUGGAGGAUGCACAGAUGCACACGGUCGCUAUCUGGCUCACCGUGCGGCCGGACAUGACGGUGGCCUCCCUCAAGGACAUGGUGUUCCUAGACUAUGGCUUCCCGCCAACCCUGCAGCAGUGGGUGAUUGGGCAGCGGCUGGCUCGGGACCAGGAGACUCUGCACUCCCACGGUGUGAGGCGGAAUGGGGACAGCGCCUACCUCUACCUACUGUCUGCCUGCAACACCUCGCUCAACCCUCAGGAGCUGCAGCGGGAGAGGCAGUUGCGGAUGCUGGAAGAUCUGGGCUUCAAGGACCUCACGCUGCAGCCACGGGGCCCCCUGGACCCAGUUCCCCCAAAGCCUGAGGCCCCUCAAGAGCCGGGUCGGGGGCAGCCUGAUGCAGUGCCAGAGCCCCCGCCGGUGGGCUGGACGUGCCCCGGCUGCACGUUCAUCAACAAGCCCACUAGGCCCGGCUGCGAGAUGUGCUGCCAGGCGCGGCCCGAGGCCUACCAGGUACCCGCCUCGUACCAGCCAGACGAGGAGGAGCAAGCACGCCUGGCCGGUGAGAAGGAGGCGCUGCACCAGUUUGAGCAGCUGAAGCAGCAGCAGCAGGAAAGCAACUAUGACAAGCACGUGCAGCUGGAUCAGCGGAGCCUGGUUCUGAACACCGAGCCCGCCGAGUGCCCCGUGUGCUACUCGGUCCUGGCGCCCGGCGAGGCCGUGGUGCUGCGCGAGUGUCUGCACACCUUCUGCAGGGAGUGUCUGCAGGGCACCAUCCGCAACAGCCAGGAGGCCGAGGUGUCCUGCCCCUUCAUUGACAACACCUACUCAUGCUCGGGCAAGCUGCUGGAGAGGGAGAUCCGAGCGCUCCUGAGCCCCGAGGAAUACCAGCGGUUUCUGGACCUGGGCAUCUCCAUUGCGGAAAACCGCAGUGCCUUCAGCUACCACUGCAAGACCCCAGACUGCAAGGGAUGGUGCUUCUUUGAGGAUGAUGUCAAUGCGUUCCACUGCCCUGUGUGCUUCCAUGUCAACUGCCUGCUUUGCAAGGCCAUCCAUGAGCAGAUGAACUGCAAGGAGUAUCAAGAUGACCUGGCCCUGCGAGCUCAGAACGAUAUGGCUGCCCGGCAGACGACGGAGAUGCUGAGAUGCCAGAUCGUGGUGCAGAAGAAGGACGGCUGCGACUGGAUCCGGUGCACUGUCUGCCGCACUGAGAUCUGCUGGGUCACCAAGGGCCCCCGCUGGGGCCCCGGGGGCCCGGGAGACACCAGCGGGGGCUGCCGCUGCCGGGUGAAUGGGAUUCCGUGCCACCCCAGCUGUCAGAAUUGUCACUAAGCUGGGAUGGCCUGGUCCCCCUGCUGACCCAGCCUCACAUCUACAGGCUUCUGUGAGACAGGCCUGGUGCUUUGGCUCUGAUUUCUGGCCGGGAAGAUGCCUUUGCGCUCGGCUGAGACAGGGGCCCUGAAGUGGCCAAGGCCCCUGAGCUGUGUGGAUGGCCUUGUUUGCUGUGGGCAUUGUAAGGGCCCCGCCUGAGCUGGCCGUUGUCCGUGGCUGCAUCUGCUCCAGUGCCUUUGUCCUUCCCCUGGGGCUCACCAGCCAUACCUUUCAUCUCUCUGCGGCUCCCAUCUGUCUGACCCAGCCUUAAAUAUAGCCCCAGCCAGAGGCCUUGCUGGAUGGAGCCUCUGAGAGCUCUGGAUGAGUCCAUACACCCCUCAUCCACCACGCUCGUCUGCUGAGCACUCAGCCUGCGGCCUCUCCUACUGGCUUUCUGGGGGUGACUUUUCUCUGGCUUUGCUGUUGGAGGCCUGGGGGCCUCUUAGAAUUGCUGCUAAUUCUGCUUAGAGCCAGGAGGGAGACCUGGCAUCCUGAAGACAGCCCAGCCAGUUUAGCUUCUGCACUCCCUCUUCGCUGCCUGUGUACACUGAUUAAAACGGUUUUCCAGGAAG